AUGAGUUAAGGGUUUAAAAAUAGUUCGUUAAGACACAACAAAACUAUUUUAAUGAAAAGCGGAUCUCCUUUUUAAAGUCCUCAAUACCAUAGAAGAAAUUUUGUAGUGCUAAAAUAAAUAGAUUUUGGGUCAAUGGUACAAAACAAUCCAAAAGAAUUUCAUUCAAUUGCUAAAUUAUUAAUAAAAGAGUCUCAGGGUAGAAGUAUGAAGGUCAAUAGUAUUGUUUAGUCUUUUGCAGAUUAAAUAAUAUCUCUAUAUAAAGAUAGAAAGCCAAAUAAAUUAAAGAUUUAAGAUUAUCAGUUGAUAAAUGAUAAAUCAAGCUUUAUGCAAAAGAAUCCAAAGCGAAAGAAAAACUUUGAUAUCAACUACUUCAAAUAGUUAAAAGUAUGCCAAAAAAUCAUUUACAAACUGUAAGGAAUGAUUUUAAUGCCAACAUCUUCAUCAGUAAUUUGGUGGGGAUUUAUUUCUAAUAGCUUUUUCUACUUAUUUUUAUUUCUUUACUCCAUUUUGAUAUUCUUUGCAUAAGAGAUUAUGAAUGAGAUUUAUGUUAGAUUUUUUCUUUUUAUUGCAGCUAUUUUCUCCGUAAUUGAUAUUAUAUUUAAGUUGAACACUGCCUUAUUUUAGUAAGAUCAAGUUAUUACAAAUAGAAAAACUAUUGUUAAGUCUUACCUAACUAACCACUUUAUAUUUGAUGUCAUCACAAUGUUUGCUAUUAUUAACAAACUUAAAGCAAAUUAUGAAAAUGCUAAUAUAGACUAACAAAUUUUAAUUUAAGAUAUGCUUGGCUUGAUUAAGAUAUUCACUCUUCUUUUUUCUGAUUCAUCUUUUAGAUAAGUUUUUAACUUUAAGGAAAGCACUAAAUACUUGCUCAAACUGCUUGAUCUCAUAUUUGAUGUUAUAUUUGCUGCUCAUAUAUUAAGUAUCUGCUGGUUUUCUUUAUAUAAAAUUGAAAAACAUUAUGGAGUCGAAAUAACAUGGAUAGAAAAAUAUGGAAUUCAAUCUAAUGAAGGAUUAAGUAAAUAUGUUUUUUCUUUGUAUUGGGCAGUAACUACAAUGACUACAGUUGGUUAUGGAGAUAUUACACCAAGUAACACGCAAGAAGCUUUGUUUACAUUAGUUACGAUGAUUAUUAUGAGUUGCAUUUUUGCUUACUCAAUCAACAAUGUAGGAAUGAUUCUUAGAGAUAUAUAAAAAGACAAGAUUGAGCUUAACUCCUAAAUAAGUGUUAUAACAAAGUAUCUUAGCAAAAAGAAUGUUAAUAUUGAGCUUAUAAGUAGGGUUAGACAUUAUUUAAUUUUUCUUUAAGAAGAAUAAAAAGAGAGAGACAAGGAAUAAGAAGAUAAAAUAUUGAAUAAAUUAUCUAAUAGGCUAAGAGAAGAGAUUUAUAUAGAUAUUAAUCAAAGAAUCAUAAAACAAGUUUCCUUUUUUUAUAAAUAUUUUUCUCAAAAGACAAUCAGCAAAUUAGUCAAAGCUAUGAAGGAAGUUGUUAUAUCCCCAAAUGAAAUUAUUUUUCAAGAAAAUAGUAUAGAAGAUUUAUCGUUUUACUUUAUUUAAAGUGGAUCUGUUUAAUUAUUUCACUAAGUAAAUAAAGAGCAAGUACCUUUAAAGCUUCUCUCUCAAAAUUAAAUAUUUGGAGAAUCCUCUUUCUUUUCAGGUCUUGCAAGAAAAGAAGGAGCAAAAAGUAUAGGGCUCUCAACAAUAUACAAAAUUACAAGAGAAGAGUUUGUGUAAAUACUAAAUAAAAAUGAAGAAGAUUUUGAAAUUUUUAAAUAAAUCUAAGAAAAAAUGGUGAUCUAAAAUAAUUUCAGAGAUUUGAAUCUAAGAUGCCUAUCUUGUGAAUAAAUGGGUCAUUUUUCUUAUGAAUGUCCAAAUACUCAUUUUAAAUAUAACAAGCCUGUCGUCUGCCUAAGAUAUAAUUUUUCUAUGCAAUAAAAAAGGAAAGAACAAACACGAAGAGAUAAAAAUAAGCUACUAAUUCCACUGAAUCUUGUAAAUGAAAAUUUGGCAUUAAUUAAGCAAUUAAAAGAGUUAAAUUAAAAUGAAAAUUCGAUACUAUUUAGUAUGUUUAACUAAUCAGAAAGUGGAAGUGAUAACGAAACAUAAGGAGUACAGUUUUUUGACGAAUCUGUAAAUACAAACAUAAAAGAAUCAUUGGAAGAUGAAAAAUAGUAAGGAGUAUUUACUAACACAAGAGCUUCAAACUUUUUAGCUGUAGACUCUAUUAAUUCUAAGAAACAAAUGAGCUAAAAUACCUUAAGCUCUGAUUCAAAGAAUUAUGGUAGAAAUUUAUCAUUUCAAAUAACUUAGUAAGCUGCUGAAGAGGGAAUUAUAUAAAACGGUUUAGAUUAAGAAAUGAAAUGGUAAAGCAGUUUAAUCAGUUAUAGCAAUGAUAUUAAUGAUUAAAAAAUAAAAUAAAAAUUAAUUUCUUAAAAGUAGAAUUCAGUUAGUAGAAUUUCGUCUAUUAAGAAGGGUGGUGAGUAUUCUCAAAUUUUAAUGCACAGCUAAAAAUAAUUUGAAAACUAAGUUUCAAUGAAUUAAUAAAAUGAAACAUCUUUUUUGGUUGUUCCAAAUAAUUAAGAAAAAACGACUUCAUCAAGAAAUUUAUAUGAUAAAAGAAAUAGCAUUCAGCUUGAAAAUAAUGAAACUUCUUUAAAAAAUAUUUAGUUUUAUGAAAAAUAAAACACAAUACAUAGACUUAGUGAAUCUUAUCACCAUAAAUUAUAGGUUUAGUAAAGAGAUCAGUUUGAUUAAACUGAAGUUUUUGAUAGGAUGAAGAUUUUUAAAAAAUUUUUCAUAUAAAACAAUAUUGAUAAAGUUUUAAAGUUCAUUUCAAACUUUAAAAGGCAGAGGAAAAAUAUAAAAAGAAAUACUUAAAAAACUAAAAAUAAUUCAAACUUUAAAAUUUAAGAUGAAUCUCUAAGAAAUCUUGAUCAAUAAUUAAAAACAUCUGUCUCAUAUGGGGUUGGAGUUAAGUAAUCUAAACAAAAAGCACCUUAGAGAUAUUAAUUUAGCUGA